AUGAAAGUUCAUAUUAGAAAUCCAAAUGGUGGUGAAUCAUUAUAUGAUUUUAAAGGUGAUAUUUUAUUUUCAUUACAUUUAAAGAAUUUAUUUGAAAAUUUAAUAGUAUUUAAUAAUGGAUUAAAGAGAAUUCUUGCAACUAUACCCCAAUCAAAAGAUGAAUUAUAUACCCAUUAUUCAAUUCAAGAGGCAACAUCAGGACAAUGGCUAGAAUCAAGUGAUAACCCAUUGAUAAAUAGUGACAGCACAUUUAGUUUAUUGCUUUUAAGUUCAGAUGUCAUCAAAAGAAUUAUCAAUAUUGUAUUUUUAGCACCAUCAACACAUUCACUUCAAUUAUUAGUAUUUUUAGUAUCAACUUCAUUAACCAGCGAUGAUUCAUCCUCAUCUUUAUCAUUACCAAUUUCUAAUUUUUCAAAUAACAACAACAAUAACAAUAAUACAACAAAUCAAAUACCAUCGGUUGGCAAAGAAAAUGGCUCCUCUUCCUCUUCAUCAACAAACAGUAACAUUGGUGGUGCAACAGCAAAUACAGGAUCUCAAUCAUCAUCACCACAAUCAUUACCAAAUAAAGUUCCAACACCAUCAUCAAAUUAUAAACCAUAUUCAAUUGGCUCAAAUAACUGUAAUAAUAAUACCACAAAUAAUAAUACUAGUAAUAAUAAUAAUAAUAAUGUUGAUUCACCAUCACUUUUCACAUUAAUAGAUCAUGCAAUUAAAUCUCUUUCGAAUGAAUAUUCAAAUAAUUUUUAUUUAUAUAUUUUAAACUAUCCAUAUGAAAAGGCCGAUAUUAAACUCGAUGUAGUUCGUCUCAUUUUGACAACUAUCAACAAUAUGUAUAGAUUAUCACCAAAUCCAGUAAAUUAUUUAAAUAGAUUACAUUCAGAAUCUGUAUUUAAAUUUAUUUUAGAAUUUUCAAAAUCAACUCCAAGAAUUUGUCAAAAUACACAAUAUAUAGUUUUAAGAAAUAAUUUAAUGAAAGAAUUACAUGUACAAAGACUUCAUCCAAUUAAUAUUGACAAAGUUUUAUCACACCAAAUUUUAUUAUCCGAUCUUUGGUCAUCUGCAUUAUCGACUUUGCCAUUUGGUAUUAGUUCUGAAAACUGGUUGUUAUUAGGUUUUAGAAGUGCAAAUCCAAUAGAAGAUUUUAAAAAUACUGGUGUUAUAGCUCUAAGAAAUCUUUCAUAUUUUUCAAAGCAACAUACACAACCAUUCCAAAGUUUAUUAUUAACCCAAACUAAAAGAGAAGAAUCUUUAUUUAAUGCCGAUACAAUGUUAACAAAUUCCGAUAAUAGUAACAAUAACAAUGAUAAUAACAAUGAUAAUAACAAAAAUAACACUGAGGCCGAUAAUGAUGAAGAAAUUGAAUUAAAAGAAAGACCAAUUAUAACAAAACCAAGAUCAAAUAGUAGAUCAUAUCCAUUAGCAACCGUUGCAAUUUCAUUGUCUUUUACACUUUCAAAUAUAUUUAGAAUUGGUAGAGAAAACAUCGAGGGUAAUCUUUGGGAUAUUGCAUUUUCUGGUAGUAACUGGUUUGAUGAAAUUUUUGUAACCACUUUUAAUCUUUUCGAAUCUCUUUGGCAUUCUGAAGCUCACUCAUACUCCGAUUUCCCACAAGUUAUUUCCCACACUAGAAUGAUUGUUGAAAAAGUUUGUUCAAAAAAACCAAACGACGUACAAGACUUUAAAGAUAAACUUCAAACUAUUUUAGAAAAGAAAGAACCAAUCAAUAUGGAAAUUUCAUUAGAAACCUUAGCAAGAUACCAUCAACUUCAAGCAAGUCACAUCAAUAAAAGACAUAUUCAUAAAAUAUUUGGUGAAAGAGUUAAUAUUGAACAUUUACCAAAUGAAAAUAAUAAAGAAAAUCAAAAUCAAAAUCAAAAUAAUAAUGCUUGCGAUAAUAUCGAAGGUGAUUCAAGUUUAACAACUAUCACUGAAACAACAAAUAUUAAUAAUAGUAUUGAUGCAAACGAUAAAGUUCAAAAAGAAAUUGAUCAUCAACAACAACAUCCUGAUGAAUGCGAUUCAAAUGAUAGCUUUUUAUUAUCAACAAACACAAAAGAAUUUAAUGGAAAAAAUUUAAUCAAAUUCUUUGGUGAAAAGAUUAUCGACAACUCUAAAGAACAGUAUGCUCCCCAACCAUCGAACGUAAAAUCAUAUAAACUCAAAAACUUUUUUGGUGAACAACCAGCUGUAAUUUUAAAUGAAAGUUUAUCAACUAAUGACGGUUGCAGUAAUACUAAUGUAACAAAUGGUAAUAUUAAUAAUUAUAGUAAUGAAAACGAUAAUUUCUUAAAUGACCAAAAUAAUAGUAAUAAUAAUGAAGAAAGAGAUGAAGAAGAAGAAGAAGAAGAAGAAGAAAAUAAGGGUAAUCAAAGACAAUUUGGUAGUAGCCCAAGAAGUGAAAGAAACCAUAGACUUCAUGUAUUCUUUGGGGAAUGGUUUGAUACCGAGCAGGUCGAAUAUAAUGAAAAAAUUAGAGCUUCAACUACUCCAGAAACUUCAUCACCACCAUUUAACUCCCAACCAGAGAAUGCUCGUCUUCAUAAGUUAAACAAGUUUUUCGGUGAACGUGUUAAAAUUCCAAUUAGUAAGCAACGUGUUAUUGGUGAAGGUGGUGGUGGCGGUAUUUUCCCAAUUGACGAUAUAUCUUCAGAUAGCGAUUUCGAUUUAACUCAUGGUGCUGGAAGUAGUAAUAAUUUCGAUAACCUCUUAUCUAGAUCACCAGAAGAAACAAGAUCCGAUUUUAAAGCUCAAAAAGUUUUAGGUGAACGUUUAGAUAUUAAGAAGGAAAAAGAAUCAAUUAAUUUUGCACCACAACCAUCUCACAUUAGAGAAUACAAAUUACAUAAAUUAUUUGGUGAAAUGGUUCCUGCUGGUAAACCAAAAUCUCCACACCAACACUCUGCCAAUGGAGGUCGUGGUGGACCUUGGAAAAAGGGCAAUGUUUCAAAACUCGAUAUCCAACCAUUUACUCUCUUGUCUCCAGGUAAAGGUGGCUCUAUUGGCAAUAGUACCUGUCCAACCCCAAUCAACUCUCCAACCUCAGAUAGCAACCAACUAAUGAUGGGCGAAGCUUUGUUCAUGGCCACAGAAAGCUGCAAAAAUAAAGAUACUAUAAUGGAAGAAGAUUGCGCAGGUAUUUUAAUUCCAUCUCUAUCACCAAGACCAUUUUCAGACAAUAGCGAUUUAAAUAUUGCUGAAGACAAUUAUGACGACGAUGAAUUAAAUAGUGACACUAAAAGUGAACCAAUCAUUUCAAAGAGAACUAUCGAUGAUGAUACAAUUAAUUUAAUUGUUAUUAACAAUAAUGACCAAGAGGAAUCAUUUAAUAAUAGCAAUACAACAACCACUACUACCACAACUACAACCACUACUACCAACACAACAACUAAUACUAUACCAAAUAGUGUUAGUACAUACAGUUUAAAUUCUGAAGAGGGCGAAGAAGAACUCAAAUUAAAAGAAGAAUAUAAAAUUAAACACAAGAAUCACAGAUUACAUGUAUUUUUUGGUGAAAGAUUUGACGUUGAAAAUACUCAUUUUUACUCUCGUGUAUCAGCACCAGGUUCAUAUGAUCCAAACCAAAACUCACCACUUCAUCAAAUGGUAUCCCCACAACCAGAUACCGUUAGAUCUUACAAAUUAAAGAAAUUCUUUGGUAAAAAUCCAGACGAUGAUCCAGUGUUAUCAUCAUCUUAUGAUGGUGGUAUUAAUAUACCAAAAGGUAAUACUAGCGGCAAUGCCCAAAUAUUUGAAAAUCGUUCAAAUGGUGGAUCACCAAUUAGCGGAUCACCAUCAUCAUCAUUUAGAAAGCAUCAAUUCCAAUUUAUUAGUGCCGAAGAUCCAGAAGGUGAUGUAUCAAAAACAAAUGAAAUCAGAAAAUUACGUAGAGACUUCAAAACUCAGAGAAUUUUAGGUGAAAGAUUAAAUAUUAAAAAAGAAUCAACUGUUGUAGCUUUCCAAGAUCAACCAUCAACUAUUAAAGUCGAUAAAUUAAUUAGUUUAUUUGGUGAAAAAGUAGGUUUCUCUUUAAAGAGAAAAGAAACCCAACCAACUCUUCAGUAUCAAUUAUCUUCUUCAAGUUUAAAAUACUCUUGAACCAGUUUCAAAAAAAAAAAAAAACUAAUAACAAAACUAUAGUUUAAAAUCAAAAAAACCUUAAUUCC